AUGCCGUCCAAGUCUUUCUGGCCGCGUGAGCUCUUCUACGCGAGCCCACAUCCCAGUACCCUCCCCAUGGGUCAGCAAAUCAACAAGGCGCCUAUGUGCCCCUGCAACGCCUGCUGGAAUGCGCCCAUCGGGUCUCCCUCGCCGCACGCCAAGGCUCCCAAGGCGGCACCGGCCAAGAAGACGACCUCGUCUUCCUCGACUUCUUCGUUGUGGAAAAAGCAAGUGCUCACCGGCAAGCUGAGCCGCAAGGGCAGCGUGGAGAGCAUGUCCUCCAUGAAGCCACUUACACAGGCCAUCGAGCCCGUGCGCACCAAUGGCUCCGACACGGACAGUGUCUAUAGCUUUGAGAAAUAUUGA